CUCAUUGUAUUCAAAUACGAGGCGCCGGCUUAUAAUCAUUUCAGAAUUAUUAACAAUCGCAACAAUAUCAACGUCAAAUUACAUUAUCAAGCAAUUAAUCAUGGGUGUGGACUUGAAUUAACUGAACGCCAGGGUAUUAUCUACAGUCCUGGGUAUCCGAUCGGGUAUUACCACAAAAUGAAUUGCGAGUGGAAGAUACGGGUGCCUAAGAAUCAUACGAUUAUAUUACAAUUUAUUGAUUUCAAAACUGAGGACACUGAUCAUUUAACAAUAUCUGACUAUACGAUCAGUGGAUAUAGUGGACAUCAAUUACCACCAAAUCUGUACAGCGCUUCCAAUGCAUUGACUCUGACAUUCAAGACAGACAUGUCUGUAACGGACAGAGGCUUCAAAAUUGCCUACAAAGCAAAGGAACUAGAUCCAAACGUGACAUUUUUAGCUUCAGCUUAUAAUGUGUUAAUAAAGUUAAAUUCAAGUGAUGUCAAGACUAUUGCUAUGAAUGGCGAUAUUAUGUCGGGUUUAAUGGAUUAUAACAUAAAAGAUGAUCGCAUUGUAUGGUUUGAUCCACAAAAACAUAAAUUUAUACUGAAGUCCAUUGAAUCUACUGUUGAUAUGUCCGAUGAGAUCGAUGUCGUUGGACAGCCUAAUAGUCUAUUACUCGAUUGGGUCCACGACUUACUCUAUUGGUUAGACAUUAAGUCAAAGACAAUCAAAACUGAAAAUCCGAGAGAUUUAGUGAUAAAUGUUGUGAAAGGAGUACUCGUUUGGAGUAAUAUUGGGUUUGAGGCAAACCUAAUGCAAACACAUUUAGACGGAAGUAAUCAAUCGGUUCUUUACGGCAAUAAUAGACAAGCAUUUCAUCUGACAGUUGACUAUCAGACACAACGAUAUUAUUUCAUUGAUAUCAACGAUCACUCACUCUAUAGUAUAGACUUCGAUGGAAAUAACGAGACAUUUAUUUUAAAAUCCAAAGAACUCUUCGAUCCAAUCAUUUCGAUACAAUUUUUUAUGACAAACACUAUAGACAUCGAUCGGCGAGAGUUUACUAACCGGAACUGGAUUUAA